AUGGAUCAUCACUGUCCCUGGUUGAACAACUGCAUUGGUCAUUACAACCAUCGAUACUUUUUCCUCUUCUGCUUUUUCGCUUGGCUGGGCACUGUUUUUGUGGGUGUUUUUGGAAUUUGGAUUUACAUCGAUCACUUUUAUCCUCGACAUAGCAUUUUCCAAGAGCCCAUAUACCACAAGUAUGAUGGACAAGAGUUCAGUCAGGAGUUUAUCUACUUGGAUCAAACGUAUGUAAUUCUCGGGCUGUUUGAAGUCAGCCAUGCUAAUCUGCGCGGAAAAGGCGUACUCUACGUUUUCUGGUGCUCAUUGCUGAUUUUCAUUCUCGUUGGCGCUCUUCUUGCCUACCACAGCCUACUGAUCACCAAGGGGGAAACCUGCAUCGAGCGGCACAUUAAUCGCAAGAACAAGGAAGCGUGCAAGCGGUUCAAGCGACGCUUUCACAAUCCUUAUGACUUUGGAGCUCGACAGAACUGGCNCAAGCGACGCUUUCACAAUCCUUAUGACUUUGGAGCUCGACAGAACUGGCGGAACUUUUUACUCGGUGACAAGGCCAGAGACAGCAACUGCAGCUACGGCCCGCUGAUCAGUCUAAUUGUGCCCCUGGACAACCCGCCCAUUGGCGACGGUUUCACCUGGCAGAAGGUCGAGCAAGGUUUCAUUUGA